AUGAAGCUGUACAUAGGCAACCAGAACUAUUCCUCCUGGUCUCUGAGGCCCUGGCUCCUCCUGCGCGAGGGCUGCAAAGUCCCGUUUGAAACCGUCAAGAUCUCCCUCGCCGAUGUGGCGCCUGGCUCGCCCUUUCGCAAGGAGGUCGAGCGCAUCAGCCCCGCAGGCCGCGUCCCCGUUUUGCAGGACGACGACGGCUUCGCCGUGUGGGACUCCCUGGCCAUCACCGAAUACCUACACGAACGCUUCCCCUCGGCCGGCGUGUGGCCGGCCGACGCCAAGGCGCGCGCGCGCGCGCGCUGCGUGGUGGCGGAGAUGCACUCCGGCUUCUCCGCGCUGCGCGGCGCCUGCCCCAUGAACCUGGAAGCUGACCUGGCAGCAGUCGGGCGGCGCCUGUGGGAGGAGAACGCCCCCCUGCGGCGGGACGUGGCGCGGGUGGAGGAGAUCUGGCGCGACGCGCUCGCGGCCAGCGGCGGCCCGAUGCUCUUCGGGGCGUUCUCAGCCGCGGAUGCGUUCUACGCGCCGGUGGUGACGCGGCUGCAGACGUACGGGCUGCCGGUGUCGGCGGAGUCCGCCGCCUACAUGGAGAGGGUGCGGGCGCUGCCGGCCUUCAAGGAGUGGACCGAGGCGGCGCUGACCGAGGGGGAGUAUGUGGCGAUGGACGAGCCGUACCGCGCAAGCCGCGAUGGUUGA